AUGGGGACCGGAAAGGGCCUCCUAGGGUGGGGGCUAGCUACAAGUCGCUCCCUGGUGCACUACCUGCAGGACCGCCAGUUCGGUUUAAAGGGACACAGGGCACAAAGGGGUUUUGAAAGCCAGCUGCACAGCCUUGCAGUGCGGAGUCUGCCCCAAAUGUUGAGGGAGCACCAACUGGACCUGGGAACAUUCAACAAAGUGUUUGCUUCACAGUGGCUGAAUAGCAGGGAGGUGGUGUGUGGCACCAAGUGCAACAAGCUGUUCAGGCUGGACGUGUACUCAGGAAGGAUCACGCACUGCCCCCUGAUGGUGGACAGAGAGCCUGCACGAGCCCGGAGACUGCCUGGCUCUGGCAUCCAUGCCAUUGAGCUGAAUCCCUCCAAGACACUUCUGGCCACAGGGGGCAAGAACCCCAAUAGCCUGGCUGUGUACCAGCUGCCCACCAUGGACCCUGUGUGCCUGGGUGACAUCCAAGGCCAUAAGGACUGGAUCCAUGCCAUCGCCUGGGUGAGUGAAAAUGUGGUGGUGAGCGGUUCCCGUGAUGGCACCCUGGCUUUAUGGCAGUUGGAUCCUGAACUUUUCCAUGAUACCAUUGAUUCGCACAGUAGCAGUGGCAUCCCCGUGUAUGGUCACAUCCAUCCAGUGGAUGUGGUUGAUGUCUCCACAUACAGCCCUCUUUCCAGUCACGACCAAAUCUGUGCCCUUGCCUUCAGCAGCAGAAACCAGGAGCUGGGAUCAGUUUUGCUGGAUGGCUACUUCCACCUCUGGAAACCUCAGAGCAACCUGUCUGGGCUGUUCUCCAUCAGGAUGCCCUACGUUGGAGGGAAUGUGUGCAUGACUUACUGCGAUGAGUUUUCCCUGUAUGCUGUGGCUUCCAAUACCUAUCUCUGUUUCCUAGAUCCACGCCCAUCCCAGCACGAUAUCCAUCACGCGCGCUACAUGGAAAUUGGCACCCAUGUGUGCUCAAUGAGCUACAACAGGGAUAUUAUCACAUUGGGAACAGUGCAUGGCUCCCUGCUCUUCUAUGACGUCCGUGCCCACAAGUUCCUAGGGGACAGCUGUGAGGUCGGCCCGGACUCUCCCCCAGAGUCUGCGAGGAGAAGGCUCAAGCUCACCUGUAACAGGGGCUGGAUCAACCAGCAUACCCUCCAGGAAGACCAGAAUGUGCAUUUGCACCAGAUACAAUUUUCUGUAUACACCCACUGCUACAACUGGCCAGAAAUGAAGCUCUUUGUGGCUGGGGGGCCUACCAUUCCUAAUAUCCAUGGAAACUAUGCUGGGCUAUGGAUCUGA